AUGGCGGAUCGCCAUGAGAACGACCACGGUGCCUACCACCAGAUCCAUCCUCUACGAACAAAAUCUGGGUCUGGUUCUUAUGGAGCUUCCCUUCAGGGAAUCAACUGUGCGAGUUGGAGACUUGGGGUUGAAGCUCAUAACAUUAUGGACUGGAAAACUGUGCCCAGAGAAUGUGAAGGCUAUAUUGGGAACUAUAUGUUAGGUUUGCAAUAUAGAGAGGAUUCUAAAGCUGUGGCUCGUGAAGCUUAUUUCUACGCAAAGAAGCUCAAUCUCACUGGUUAUGGUAAAGAUGUUUGGGUCUUUGAUAUUGAUGAGACUUCCCUCUCUAAUCUUCCUUAUUAUGCUACGCAUGGUUUUGGGGUGGAGCCAUUCGAUGCGACGUCGUUUAACGAGUGGGUGGAGGAAAGCAAGGCACCAGCACUUCCAGAGAGCAAGAAGCUGUACUACGAGUUGAUGAAACUGGGCAUCAAGAUCGUCUUCUUAACUGGAAGGCCUGAAUCUCAAAGGAAUGCCACUACUCACAAUCUCCUUCUUGCUGGUUAUCAUUCCUGGCACAAAUUGAUUCUCAAGGAUGGUUCGUAUGGCGGGAAAACGGCAGCGGAAUACAAAUCGGCGGAGAGGAAGAAGGUGGAGGAGGGUGGAUACAGAAUCGUAGGCAACAUCGGCGAUCAGUGGAGUGAUAUUCUGGGGACUACCACCGGCCAGCGCACCUUCAAGCUACCCGAUCCUCUCUACUACAUUGCUUGA